AUGGAACCCUUUAAUAGAGAAGAUAUCUCUGAUCCUCUAGCUGAUUUUCUUCCCACCUAUGAACCAGAAAAUCUGCCUAGGUUACCGGCAAAGCGACUUUAUCGUCAAAGGGCACAUUGCAAUCCCUGGUCUGAUCAUUCUUUCUUUCCUCCAAAGAAACCAUCUGAAAUAGAUUGGUCACAACAUUAUCCUUCUCCUGUAUCUAGUCUUUCGGAUGAGUUGAUACGACAUGCCGACAUUGGGUGUGGUUACGGAGGAUUACUUUUUCAUUUGUCGACUAUUUUCCCGAAUAUCCGCAGUAUUGGAAUAGAAAUACGUAUUAAAGUUUGUGACUAUGUCCAGGAAAAGAUACGUGCAUUACGUGAACAAAACCCUGGAGAAUAUGAGAAUAUAGCCUGCAUCCGAACGAAUGCUAUGCGAUUUUUGCCGAAUUAUUUUAAUCAAAGCCAGCUUCACAAAAUAUUUUUCCUGUAUCCCGAUCCACACUUUAAGCGCGUAAAGCACAAAUGGCGCAUAAUAACUCAAUCCUUGUUGGCUGUAUAUGCUUUCCUACUCAUCCCUACAGGCCGCCUUUAUUCAGCCACUGAUGUACCUGAGUUAGCGGAAUGGAUUGUGGCUCAUUUAAGGCAUCAUCAACUUUUCAAAGAAAUUUGCUAUACACGUUUUGAAUGCCCUGCUAAUAAACAGGGCUUAGAAGCAAUUCAACUGUUAAAAGGG